CCUUCUCCCACUCAAUCGCAGGGCUGCGCUCAACGACUCGACACCGCCAACAGGGAUGCAGCGAGGGCGCAGCGCAGCCUGAAAAUGGCACCACCACGCGUCCCGUGGAUCUAUCCAUCCCUUCCCCUGCUGUCCUCCCUUCUCCUCGUUUUCCACGCGUCUCCGCCGAGCACGGCCUUACGGAAUUACCCGGAGAAUGAAGUUACUUUAUUAGACUCCAUGUCGGCACUGGCCGACCUCGGCUGGGAGGCUUACCCUAAUGAAGGGUGGGAGGAGAUCAGCGUGAUGGAUGAGAGGAACACCCCGAUGAGGACCUACCAGGUGUGCAGCGUAAUGGAGGCCAAUCAAAACAACUGGCUGCGGACGCGGCACAUCAGCCGGGAGGGAGCGCAGCGAGUCUACAUCGAAAUCAAAUUCACCCUGAGAGACUGCAACAGCCUGCCCGGGGUCUCUGGCACCUGUAAAGAGACUUUCAACAUGUACUACUAUGAGUCCAACAAUGCCAACCUGUGGUUCAUCAAGGAAAGCCAGUAUGUCAAGAUCGACACUAUYGCUGCAGAUGAGAGCUUUACACAGGUGGACGUUGGUGACCGAGUCUUGAAGCUGAACACAGAAGUGCGAGACAUCAGCAACUUGAGUAAAAAGGGUUUCUACCUGGCCUUCCAAGAUCUGGGUGCUUGUAUCGCUCUGGUCUCAGUCAGGGUCUUCUACAAGAAGUGUCCUCUGACUGUGCGCAACCUGGCCCAGUUCCCCGACACAAUAACGGGAGGAGAAACGGCGCUGGUGGAGGUCCAUGGAGUUUGUGUAAAUGCCUCUGAGGAGUUUGAGCCGCCCAAGAUGUACUGCAGCGCAGACGGAGGCUGGCUGGUCCCCAUAGGGAGAUGCGUGUGCAAACCAGGCUUUGAGGAGAACAAGGACAUCUGCCAACCAUGCAGACCUGGAACGUACAAAGCUUCAGCCACAGAUGCCUACUGCACCAAAUGUCCUCCUCACAGCUCGUCUCCACAUGAACAGGCCAUGGAGUGCAUUUGUGAGAAAGGCUUCUACCGUGCUGAGACCGACCCACGCUCAAUGGCUUGCACACGUCCUCCGUCUGCUCCAGAGAAUCCCAUCUCCUCUGUGAAUGAGACCUGCGUCACCCUGGAGUGGUCRCCGCCCCGCGACACGGGAGGCAGAGGGGACAUUACCUACAGCCUCCAUUGCAGAAAAUGCUCCGGCGAAGGCAAAAAGUGCGCGCCGUGCGGCAGCAGCGUCCAUUUUGUCCCGAGACAGUUCGGGCUCGCGUCGGCCARCGUGCUGAUCACUGACCUCCAGCCGGACUCCAACUACACCUUUACGAUCGAGAGCCAGAACGGAGUUUCAGAUCUGAGUCCGACCCCCAGAGGCACGGUGGUAAUAAAUGUUACAACAUCGCAGACAGUGAGCGUCGUGCUAAAGGAAAGGCGAAGCAAGGACAGUGUAACAUUGGCCUGGCAGGGUCCGGAGAGACCUAAUGGGGCGAUCGUGGAGUAUGAGGUCAUCUACUACGAGAAGAACCAGCGGGAACAGAACUACACGGUUUUAAAGACUCGAUCCAACAUGAUGACAGUGGACGGCCUGAAGCCUGGGACCACCUACGUGUUCAGAGUCAGGGCUCGAACUGAUGGGGGCUACGGGACGUACGGUGGGGAGAUUGAACUGGAAACCAGCCAUGAGGACGUCUUGGCCAUUGGGGACCCAAACCAGUCCACCAUUCUGGUUGUGUCCAUUGCAGGAGGGAUUGUUCUCCUCAUCUUCUUGGUGACCUGCUUCGUUGUUAGUGGAAGACACUGUGGAUACAUAAAGGCCAAGCAGGACCCCGACGAAGAAAAGAUGCAAUUCCAACAUGGCCGAGUGAAGCUUCCAGGCAGCAGAACGUACAUCCAUCCUCACACCUACGAAGACCCAAACCAAGCUGUCCGAGACUUUGCCAAAGAGAUAGAUGCUUCCAACAUUCGCAUAGAAAGAGUCAUUGGAGCUGGAGAGUUUGGGGAGGUGUGCAGCGGCCGCCUGCGUGUUCAGGGGAAGAGGGAGAUCUACGUGGCCAUCAAGAGCCUGAAGGCCGGAUACUCUGACAAACAGAGGAGGGACUUCCUGUCCGAGGCGUCCAUCAUGGGACAGUUUGACCAUCCGAACAUCAUCAGACUGGAGGGUGUCGUCACAAAAUCAAAACCUCCUCUCAUAAUCAGAAAACACUUGACUUCCGCACGUCGUUUCAUGUUUGUUUCUGCUUUGCUUCAGAAACACGACGGGCAGUUCACAGUGAUCCAGCUGGUUGGUAUGCUGCGCGGCAUCGCCUCGGGUAUGAAGUACCUGUCAGACAUGAGCUACGUUCACAGAGACCUGGCGGCUCGAAACAUCCUGGUCAACAGCAACCUGGUGUGCAAGGUGUCCGACUUCGGCCUGAGCCGAGUUCUGGAGGACGACCCCGAGGCCGCCUACACUACGAGGGGAGGAAAAAUCCCCAUCAGAUGGACGGCACCGGAGGCCAUUGCCUACAGGAARUUCACCUCAGCCAGCGACGUGUGGAGCUACGGCAUUGUAAUGUGGGAGGUGAUUUCGUACGGAGAGAGACCGUACUGGGAGAUGUCCAACCAGGAUGUGAUCAAAGCAAUAGAUGAGGGUUAUCGUCUUCCUGCUCCUAUGGACUGCCCGGUGGUGUUGCACCAGCUCAUGUUGGACUGCUGGGAGAAGGGGCGCAGUGACCGGCCAAAGUUUGGACAGAUUGUCACAAUCCUGGACAAGCUCAUCAGAAACCCGGCCAGCCUCAGAGAGCUGGCCAACAGCUCAGUGUGCAGGGAGGACCCGCCCACCCCAGAGUUCAGCGUGAGCACUGUGGAUGAUUGGUUGGACACCAUCAAGAUGGGCCAGUACAAAGAGAACUUUUCCAGCGCCGGAUAUGUCAGCUUGGACUCCAUCCUCUAUAUCAGCGUCAGUGAACUGGCUAAGAUGGGAGUGACGCUGGCCGGCCACCAGAAGAAGAUUUUGUCCAGCGUGCAGAGCCUGCAAGCCCAGGGUACACACGUCCAAGUAUAACAGUUUCCACAGAGAGACAGAGUUGAACUGGACGCUCCUGUGGAGAGUCUCCCCCACGCCAUUCAAAUGGAGCUGUAAUGGAUACUUUGUGCUUGGGUCUCCAAUUAUUUUUUUUUGUUUUUUUUGUGGCACAUUAAGAUGGAGACGACAUUGACGCUUGACUCCUUCACCCUCCCAUAAUUCCCGUCCUGGACGUGCCCUUUGGCCAACACCGCUCACCAUGUCAGGGCAGCACAGAGACGAACAAAGACGCACGCAGAGACCAUUUCACAUCAUGUAAACAUAAAUGAAGAAAAAGCAAAAAAAAAAAAUUAACAUAAUGACUAAAAAAACUGAAUAUAAUGCUUGUCACUGUUUGUCAGGUGUACAGUUGGUUUUACCGUCAUUUUGUUUGUUUUACGUUUUCAUAACGAAGGUUUUCAAAAAGGAUCAUAAGACGUGUACAUGUGUAGAUAUAUGUUUAUAUGGGCGGCGUAUGCCACAAGCUUAGAGAUGGACCUAACGUUUGUAUCUGUGGUUGCACAGCGCUAACAGCAGUUGUUGUAAAUGUAUGAACUCUUCCACUGGUGUCUGCUCAAAGAAAGCUAAGAGAUUAUGGAUGACAUGAAUGUGAAGGGAGUGAGGAGAUAAAAUAAAUGGACCUGUAGACAUAUAAGGGGGAUGUAGAUUUCGCUAGCUUGUGUAGGAUGGAAGUAUGUUUUUAAUAAGUUUAUUUGGCUGGGAAAAGGGCUUCCUUAGAGACCGCUCUCAGACAAACUUCCAUAGAAAGCAGAUCCGMUAUAYGUACGSCUGUUUGCGUGCACGUGCUGUACGGUGUUACAGAUUGCAAAGAAAUAACAGAACGUGACGAAAUGUUACUCUUCCAGUAUCUUUGACAAAAUAAACAUAGUUUACAGAGCCUCGCGAAAAGGAUUCGUGCCUCAGAUUUUUUCACAUUAAGCACAGUGUAGUGUCUUGCAUUGGGAGUUUUUGCAAACUUAUGCAUAACAGUGAAGUGUAAGGAAAAGAAUACAAAGUUUUUACAUUUUUUUCAAAACAAAAAAUGAAAAGUUUUGUUUGGAUUUGUGUUCAGCCCCACUGAGUGUGUACUCGGUGGAAUCAACUCUUGCUAAAAUGGUAGCUGUGACUCAUAUUCAGUUGGUCCCGUUCAGUCUUACACUUGUAGACAUGAAGGCGUUCCCUAUUUGGUCUCAAAAUAAAUUGGACAAAAAGUGGAAAAUGCGGUGUUCAGGUUGAUUAGCGGCGUUGAGAUUGAUCCACCGCACCAAGCCUUUUGCAUGUAGGCAAAAAA